AUGCCGGUGUGUUUUGGAACACGAGAUGACAAAUACGGCAGCUUCACUAUCACUCAAGCUGGCGAAAUUUUGGUUUUGAAGCUUACUCAUCUCUUUGGCACACUCGUUUGCUUUAAUGGAAGUUCUCCCUCUUUUUGGGGUUGUCAAAGUGAACGUUAUGGUGACAAGACACUGAUGACAUAUAUUUCACACGCCAACGAACGAAGAGUUAUUCUACCAAGGAGAGCCGGAGUCGAAGUGGGAGGUCCAUGGCGAUCAGUGGGAAAAUGCAAGCACGAAAUGUAUACCUACAAGAUCAGCGGUGUCAAUGACACUUCGCCUGAAAUCAUAUUCGAUACGACCUCUGAACCAUUACGCGUGUCACACAAUCAGCAGUUCUGGAUCUGGUUUGGACAGGACAUUGCUGAUUGUAGCGAGGAAAAUAAUGAAGGCGAAAGCUGUGUUGACGUGUAUGGCUGGUAUAACUAGCAAAAAAAAUUACUUCCAACAGGACUUCACGUUCAUUCACGUUCAACGUAGAUUAUCUUGUAACUGCAGUUAACCUAACGAUAAAACUAACAAAUACACGCCACAGGCGCCUGUCCUCCUUUACUGGUCUGCCUCUAAAGAUGCGUUUUAGGGAAAUCCAGGUACACCUGGUAAAUCUUAAAUUUCAGUUUAUGAAUCUCAAUAAUCUCUUCUCAGAGUGGAUUCAUUGGAGGCAGAAACGAAUCAAAUUUUAAAAAAAAAAACGAGUUGGCUAAAGUCCCCUGAGAAACGGUUUUCCUAAGUUUAGCUAAGACAACGCAACGCAAUGAGAACGCAAAAGGUACGCGGAAGAGACCAAACACGAAUUCUGGUGCUCAGUCUGGUCCGUGGUAUUUAGAUAUGCGCGCGCGGCCGUUACCAUGUCUAGUAUCUGCCCAAGGUCAUUUCGUUCUUGCAGUCGGUUGGCGACAAACUUGCUGUAACGCUAAAGAAUACGGAUCUUUCGUUUUUUUUCGCGCUACCUUAUCCGAGAAAUCUUAAUACGAGAUUUAAAGAAAUUACACUUGGAUUUUCCCAAAAGAAACGCGAGGAGGUUUAACAGGCGAUGGUGUUAUCGAUUCAUUAAAAGUCCCAAAAUAUAUCUAGCCGGAUUUAUGAAAACCGCACCAUCGGACUCCAGGAGCCCACACACCUUAAACUGGCUCAACUAAAGUAAAUAUCGCUAAGAAACUCAGCUCUUACCCAUGGUUCUCUUAAGGUGACUUUCUUCUUGGUUCCUGAUUAGCAAACGAAACAUUCAAGUCCAUCAAAAAGACACUCUGGACUUGUCCAUACACUCUAGCUGCUUAAAGGCCCUAAAUGACGGAGGACGCUUGAGACUUAACCAAGUUCUACGCAGAGAAUUCAAGGUGAAAUCACCCCCCCUCCCCGACUAGUUUUUUUGGCCGGUAAAUUUGUUAGUAAAUUUGAUAAUUUCUUCCCCUUAAGUGUCUUUAUUUUUUCGAUUUCAUCUCGUACUACAUGAUAUUCCGUGCAAGCACGUCCUCUUUUGUUUCACAAUCUUUGAAAACGUCUUUAAUGCAUCAUCGCACGUAAUUUGCAUGUGCGAUUCUUUGAGGCUAGGAUACCUCCUUGUAUCGUUAAUUAAUUAAUACAUGAUUCUGAAUGCAUUUUAGAACAGACAUAACCUAGGGAAUUUGUCAAUGGUAAAAAGAAACCGCUGAUAUUUUUCACACAAUGUCGAACACUAACUUUGACAGUCAUUCUUCUCAAUUAAGGGGACAGUCCUGUCCCUUAGGUGACGAGAUAAGACGUAUUUAGUAAUCUGAUGUAAAGCCAGUUAGCUGUUGUUACACAAGUUUAGAAUGUAUAAAUCAGUGCACAAACAAAUCUUAAUCCCCUCGUUACAGUUAACACCCGCGAAUAAGAACCUGGUAUAGUUUAUUGAGAAUUUCCUGUUAGAAAUUUGCCACUUUAAUAACCAAUAAUACAUGAACUUGCUGAGCCAAGCAGGAUUACCAGAUUCUUGUUAGUACAAACUUUAGGGUAUAGAUCGGUAUGUUUGUUUGAACCUACGUCCAAAGGCAUAAAAAACAGAAUAAAAUUUACUGUAUGUUUAUCCAUUAUUGUGUUACACUACUCUAAAGAAAACACAACACUAUUUUUUUAUUCUCGAAAAGUAUCUUAUUUGAUUAAAUUAAAUUUUGCUGUAUUUUUUGGGAAGGUGUCUGUAGAAUACCUGAGUUCGCUCCACCGCUUGACGGAAACGCCCUUAUAACUCACGUGUUCAAGACUAUUUAUCUCGACAAACAAGAAGUAUGCCGAGUUGCGUGUUACCUUGACAACGACGGCUUGUCUUACAACUUCGGCCGACAUCCAAGUGGGCUUUCUGUCUGCCAAUUAAGCGACUCUGACCACAUGCAACAUCCUGGUGAUCCGAAAAAAAGCAGUGGCUUCAUUUACAGAGGGACCAAGGUACACUGAACUGUUUUAAAAUUAGCAGUCUUAGCACGUCGACCGAAAAGUAGUGCUCUUGAUUACACAGGGCCAGUUGUUUAAACGGAGUUUAGCCAUUGUUUAAAAAAACCGCCUUUUAAGCCAUUUUCAGUUUGCCGAAAGCUUUUAUGUUAACACCAUUUAUCGUGUACAGUUAAUAAAGAAGACUAAAAAAGAAUUUGUCCCCUUACAAUACUCCAUUAAGGAAGAGAUCUGGGGUCCAAAGCUUUCACAGACCACGGUCUAAGUUAGACUUCGUUUAGGGUCUAUUGUACACCAAAAAUUAAUUCUUUGUUAAAUUUAGUCGGAAUUAUUAGCCGUCUCUGCAGACUAACCCCCAUUGGCUGGAGAUCAGACCAACAACGUCCAGUGCCGGCUCAAUGUUGCUUCUAAAGACCGCUGGAAGUUUCUGAAAGGACGCAGCCAGCAAAAGCUAAGGACCAGAUAUUUAAACAGAGUUUAGCCUAUGUUUAACAAAACCACGUUCUAAACCAUUUUCAGAUUGCUUAACAAUUUAAUUGUAACUAAACACCUUUUAUCGCGAACAAUUUUAAUAAAGCAUAUUAGCGUAGACUGGAAAAGCACUUAUUUUCUCAAAUUAACCCACUAUGAAGAGAUCUGGAGGGCCAAUGAUUUCUUUAACCGCGGCCUAAGUUAGACUUCGUUUAAAUAACUCGCCCUAAGCGUCUAAGGUUCCGUUGAGAAAUUUUUAAAUGGCAUGGUUAUAUAGGGCACGAGUUUUCUUUGACUCUGUUUCUCUUUUUCCCAAUUGAGUGGUUGGUUUGGUUGCUUGUAAUUCGCGAUCUUAGAAAUUAAUUUAAUUGAUUAACUCAUCGAGAUAAAACUAGUUUAGCUUUUGAUGUACUAUUAUACAAGAAGGAAAAGAAAUAGAAUUGGUAAGUAUGGCGUAAUGUUACUGAAAGAAAGAUUUACACGUUCAAUUAAUUAAUUUUUUUUUUAAAAAGUUUCACCAAAAUUUGUUUAGCUUAAGCGGAAGAAAAUAAACUUAUUAAGGGAGGCUUUUAAAAAAUAUUGCUAGAGGAGGAAAAAAAUAUUUGAGAACACAGAAUUCUCUAGUUUAUUUCGAUCCUCAUUUAUAUUAGUAUGUGUAAUCAAAUGGUGACGAGCGAAAUUAGGGAAUAACUUCACGCGCGUUUUGUUCAAAUCCUUAUAAUUUCCCGAGUCUUUAGGCGAGGGAAAUUAUUAGGAUUUGAACAAAACGCGCGUGAAAUUAUUCCCUAAUUUCACAAGUAUACCAUUUGAUUACCUAUUAAUAUCAUGGGUGACGAAUUACCUUAGCAAUCGACGAUUUUUGACUUGUGUAUCCUGGAUCGUAUCGAUCGAUCGUGAACUCCACUCUCUCAAACGUUUAGAGCUGAAAUUUGGCUUAAGUUUUCAGAAUGUUUCGACAACAUACCUCUAAGAAUCCUUCUUGAUGUGCUCUUUCGUGUGUUCAGUUUUUCUAAAGCGUCUUUUUAUGCCCUGACAUCUUCAUUCAUGACAUUUUAAACUUCGUCGCCAUCUUGAAACGGAGACGUACGGCAGGUUGCCAUGGCAAUUUAGUAAUUUCACAUGUGAAAUUACAAAUUAACGCUGAAAUUUCGCGCCAAAAUUAAGGAGUAAUUCGUCACCUAUGAUAUUACAAUGUAAAUAUAGUCUUCCUGAUUUGAUUUGGUUUACUCUUCAGUUCUCGUUAUUUUUUUUAGUAUGCUUAUCCUUUUCUUAUUACGAAAAUGUCUUUCUAACGCUGAUUAUGUUUCUGCAGAAUGCCUGCGUUAAGAACCUUUGCUCCCUACAUGGUAAGUGCAAGAUGGACCCGGAAGAUAACACCUACUACUGCAAAUGCAAACACGGUUUUGCAGGAAAGUAUUGCGAUAAAGGUAUAUUUUAAUAUGAAACGCAUCUUUUGGGGGUAGGGGAGAUAAACGUAACAAAAUUAAACUAGAAGGCUUGUUUUAUUUUGAAAAUUAAACUGAAAGGUUUGUUACGUGUAUCUCCCCCACCCCCAAAAGAUGCGUUUUCUCAAGGAAUCUGCCCCAACUUUAAGAAGUAACUAUCGCAUAGACUUUCCACCACAAUACGUUAUGUUUACCGUGAACAGUUUUUGAAACUAGUCACAGCUGGGAGAACUGUGUGACACAUAUAAGUUAAAAGAAAGUUACAAAUCGCACUUCUUAUCUGUGUUAGUUAAUUAGUUUAUUGAUUUAUUUCCUUUUUUUAAGCAAUAAUACCUACAGAAUUUUCGUCACCGGCACAAGCAACAUCUCAUCCAACAACAACACCAGUUGCUACAACUCACCCACUACCAGGUGAUAUACAUUCUGAUAACUGAUUUGGCUAAUACUUGCUACAUGUGAAGCUGUUGGGCACCAAAUUUUCAGUCUAGUUAUCCGGCCUUUAAGUGUUUCCUUUUGCCAAUUUCUUAGCUUACUAAACAAUCUGUGAAAAAUGGUCCCUCGUGGGUACUUGGGAAUGCAGCUUUAUAGCCGACUAACUUGCUUCAUUGAGGGUACAGUAGCGCCAUGGUAUGGCUUGAGUGCAUUAUCACCGCACUGCAAGUAAUUCAUGCAUGCCGGAUCAAACGUUUGCAUAAAUAAAAAGAAAGAGAGAAAUUAAGUCUGGCAGUUAUAGUAAAAAAAAAAUGCUUAAUUUAUGGGUACGGUACAUUAAAUGUAGCAUCUGGAGUUAUAUCGGCAGUUUCUUUGUGUUCUUGUUGUUCUAUUUAGAUCUUUGGGUCAAGAUAAACAACGAUCCUGUCUGUUUUGGCCCAAAGGAUGACAUCCACGGUUCCUUCAGCAUUUCGAAAGCGGGGUCUCUUGGGGCUUUGAAACUUGCACACCUUUCCGGCACUCUGGUGUGCUUUGAAGAAAGCGCUACCUCUUACUGGGGAUGUAGGAGCUCCGUUUACGGCGACAAGACAUUGAUGACAUUCAUUUCGCACCCAAAUCAGCGAAGCAUACUUUUGCCGCGACCAAAUAUAACUCAAAUAGCACGCCCUGAGGGCUCAAAGUGUACGAAUGUCUUCACCUACAAGUUUGACGGGUUCAAUGACGAAUCUCCUGAACUCAUCUUCAACACAUCGUCGGAUCCGUUACAGGUGACACUGGAUCAGCAGUUUUGGAUCUGGUACGGUCAGGACAUGGCGGAUUGCAGUGAAGAUAACAAUAGUGGCGAGAGUUGUGUUGAUGUGUUUGGCUGGUAUAUAUGGUAAAGUUCCAGGCAUAAGUACGGCUAAAAGCUCAGUUAUGAAGUUUUCUAAGCAGCAAUUAAAGAAAAUCAAUGUCAACUAAAAUAUAUCAUAACCAAACUUAAGAGUCUCGAUUAUUUUACCGCAUUAAUAAAACACUCACAAUGAAACGAGGUGAUGACUUUUGCAUAGGUGGACAAUUUCAUACGACCCACUAAUCUCGUACGUAGCGAGAUCUGCCACGACAGUAAGAAGCUAUUAUUAACAAAUCGCUGUAUUUUGAUAACUAGUGCCUGUUAAAAGGAAUAUGAGGAUAACGUGUCAGUCAAUAUAUUGCAUUGGAUACAAAACUCAUAAAUCGGUAAAAUAAAUAAAGAAGCUGGGGAAGAUUUUAAUAUGGACAGUGCAAAAUAGAGCAUACCUAAACCAGUGCGUCAGUUUUUUAACGAAAAUCCACGACGUUUCGGUUUUCUUUUUUUUUUCUUUUACAUUAAAGAAUCAUUUGGGUUCUACUGUGAAAUACCAUUGUAAUCCAUUGUCUUCUAUUGUUUUGAGAGCAAUAAAGGUUUUUAUAAUGUUCUAAAAAUACCUUAUUAUAGAAAAUUAACGCAAAUUUAAUGAAAAAACGCCGGCUUUCGAAUAAAGGAAAAUUAACGAGACGUUCAAAAGAAAAAAAAACUUGCCUAGACAGCAGGAACAAAUUAAGUUACACGCAUAAUCCGACAUGGAAAGGUUGUUCCUAGUUCUUUCCCUAAACAAGGAGUACAACACGGUUCAAUUCAACUUAACUAAUUUACGAGCUCACGCCAUUAUCACACACGCUUGGGUAGCGUUUAAACGGCAGUCAUCAAUGAAUCCCCCUUAUGGAAUUUUGUGGAAUGGUGUCCUGUCCUAGAACCUCUUACGCAUGUGUGUACGGACCUUAAAAUCUCAAAAUAAAGCAAUGUUCUAAUCCAAGUAAUAGUAAUGAGAUAAGGUUCCUCAUUCUCUUCUGAGAGCUUCUCCCUUAGGCGUUUGAGAAAACAGUUGCAGUCGGCUCCCAUGCCACCGUUGGUUCCAAAAACUAGGGGCGUAACAGAUCCCAUUUAAUAAAUAAAUAAUAAUGAUAAUGAUAACAUACAUUUAUAUAGCGCCUUCCUCUUAGUGAUCCAUAGCGCUUUACAAUACUAAUAGUAAUAAACCUACUUAAAUAUUAAAAUGAAUUAAUUGUUUUUUAAAAAAAACAUAAAUUACUACUAAAAACCAAGCUUAAAAAGAAUGUUUGAUUUUUCGGAUCUGAAAGCGUUCAGCUCACAACAUGCAUGUGUGUAAACUGGCUGGCAUGGAAUUCCAUAUCUUAGGAGCUGCGUGUGAAAAAGCUCUGUAACCAUAUGUUUUAAGGUUAUACUUAGGCUGAACAAGGAGUCCUUUAUUUGCAGAGCGCAGAGUCCUUGUCCGGCUAUAACGAAUUAACAGUUCUUCCGUAUAAGGCGAUGAUGCACCAUUAAGUGAUUUCAAUGCAAGAAAUAAAUUUUUUCCGGACCAGGCAACCAAUGAAGAGACCUUAAAAUGGGUAAAAUAUGUUCAUGUUUCCUUUUCGAAAGGCCCGGAAACUUUUCGGGGCCGAACGCAAAUUUUAGAAUCAAAACCUGUUGGAUUGUAGCACAGUUCCUAGUUAACAAAUCAGUCAAAUUUGCUUCGUCAAGUGAUAGUUUCAUUGUAUCAUUUUCAGAAUUACUGAAACUUUGAUCUUGAAUAAUGCAAACACGGUAAACAUAAAUCAGCUUUUCCGCGCCCGAAAAGUUACCUGGAGAAACAGGCCUCUGGAACGAAGAAUUCUUCGGGGUCUGGGACAGUUGGAAAUUACGAAAAGUGUGAAACCAUCCGAUCACUCGUCGUUAAUGUGAUAUCCGAUCAGCUUCCGAGUAUUGCCCGUUUCCAGAUCCAUCACCCAGCCGACUGACUAUUUCAAAAUGGUCCUCGCAAAGAAAAGAAAAAUUAAAAUAAAUUAAUAAUAAUUUUAAAACGCCAAAGAAAACGUUUUUUGUUUAGUUAUUGCUAUAUUAUCGAAAGCAAGGGCCCUUCUGUGACUGCCUAAGAACCGUGGGUGCAGUGGAUGUGUUGUCGGUUUUCUUUAGGAAAGGCAGGCCUUGCCAAAAACUAAAAUAUGGUGAUCUCUGGGUUGCAAAACUACCUCCCAAAAAUUCUAAAUUGUGCUAAAUAAACAUUUUUCUUUGUAAAUCGCAAUGAAUUCUUUACAAAAUUUCGAGUUAAAAAAUUUACUUAGUUUGUCAGUUGUAAGUAAACAUAUGCUAUUAUAUGUAAAUACCCAAGAAAAGUAAAAAUACCAUACGAAGAGACUGAAUCAGCUUAGAUACGUUUAACCUACCAUUUCAAUAUAUCAGUAAUGUUAACGUAGAAAUGAAACAAAUUAUUUAAAAGACAGUUGAAGCAAUCAUAAAAACAGUUAGGGUUUUUAUAUCAUAUUAAUUUGGAAGAUGGUGCACGUAAGCAAUGCAUUUUUGGGCAAAAGGCCGUGGCAUGUAGUCGUUUAGAAUGAUUUUUGUUUCUCCUUUUCCGUUUUCUCGUCUCUUUAAGCUUAUAUGUAUUCAUAUGUAUUCAAUUUUUGUGUCGUUUAUUUUUUCUUUUAAGUGAAUGAUCAGAGGUAAAUUCGAGACGCGUAAAAUGGAAUGUGCAAAUUUUGUCCGCUAAAAAAAAAAACAGUAAUAUUCAAAUAAAAGCAGAAACCUAGCAAUUUGAUUAGAAAUGACACAACGAGAUUCGCAAUAAACACACCACCCGUAGUCAAGCUACAGAACUGAAGUAAGGCGAUUCGUUACGUACCUUGUUAGGAUUGAAAGUUAAAUUCAUUUUCCUUACUUAAUAAUUAAUCGUCACCAAUUGUAUGCUCUAUGCAGCAGUGGUAAAACUCAGUUAAAUACCACAUCUCUAGGUGUAAUGGCCUAAGGACUCCGACGCGAGGGCGUUUAACUCUAUCCUAGUAAAAGACAGUGGAUUAGCCUUGAGUUGAAGGUUUGGAGCAAGAUGAUACACCCGAAAUUCGAAAUGGUGUGUUUGAUAUUGGCCGUGGCAGUCUCUUUUCAACCCAUGCGCGCUUAUGAAAAUGAAGGUAAACGCUAGCUCUUGCACUUAAAAUAACAUCCUGGCUUACAGAUCAAAAUAUGAGGCAUUCUUAAAACGUCAAGUAAAACAAAAAACGGACGAUUCUCUCAGAAUAAAAAAAAAAAUAAAUAAAAUAAUAUUAUAGUGCAACUGAGUUUACGAUUUGGGUUAUCUUUGACUGUUAAUAUAAUUAUUUACAAAAGAAAUCACUUUCUUUUAUUAUAUUUAAGUCAAGAAAUAUGGAAAACGUAAACUACAAUUUAAAAAAAAAGGCCUCUAAUCCUACUUUUAAACUUUCGACCGUGUUAAUUUCGAGCCAAAAUCCUCCUUUGUACAUGUAGGUGGCACGACGGAAUGACUCUUUUUGAAAGAGAAUUGGAGGAAUGGAUGAGUGUUUUCUUCUAAUACGGCGUUCUUUAAAUUUUAAUUUGUACUUACUUAUUAACAGGUAUGUGCAGAAAACUCGAGUUUAACCAACAACUACAAGGCCGUGCUCUGAUAGGUCACGCUUUCAAGUCAAUUUUUGUGGAAGACGAAGAAAACUGCAAGUUAAACUGCUAUUUAGAGAACGACUGCGUCUCUUAUAACUUUGCCUCCCGUUUGGUGAGCAAUGAACACCUUUGUGAGCUAAGUGAUUCAGAUCACAGAGAACAUCCUCAAGACCUUCAGGAAGAAAAUGAUUUUGUAUAUGGUGCCAGCAAAGUAAGAAAUACACUACACUAGCUAAACUAAGGGCUUUCAUAAUUAAAGACACAAAAUGCAUUUAAUUAUUAUUAUUUUUUUUAGGAGUCAAAGUGUCAAUUGCAAUUAGCACGACUGGUCGGUUUAUUUGAUAUUGAAGUUCAUAUCAUAAAUGUCACCAAAACAAGAUACAGUUUUAGUUUAAGUAACCCGAAAAAUCAAUUCCCUCGAUAGGGAAGGACUGUAGUGAUAAAACUAUAUCUUAAGUGAUUCUUCACAUUUUAAAACUGCUUUAACACCUUUUCCUCAUUAUUCAGACAGUGAUGUUAUCACACUGCCAAUCCGCCAGGUUCUCGCCAAAAGCCCCAAAUUUUACAAAAGGAUUAUAUUUAAGAGAUUUGUAUCAAACGUUUACUAUUUUAAAUUAAUAUAUUCUUCCUCAGCAAAAUCCGUGUUCCCAAUCACCGUGUCCGCCAAAUCGGCAUUGCCAGAAUGGCUUCACUGAUCAAGGCUAUCGCUGCAUAUGCCAGGCAGGAUUUUCUGGAAAUAACUGUGACAAAGGUAUUCAAAAGGUUCAGUUGUUAUUAUUUCCUACCUCUCAUUAGGUUUAUAGUCAACCAUGUGGCGCUACAUCAUUCAUAGUGUCCUCUCUUAUUCUUCCCCCAAAGAGAGAAAGACGGGGGACGUGCGCGAGAGAGCGGCCCUGGAAACGAAGUUGCCAUGUACAAAGAGAUUAUACCCCAACCGUCUCCUACGAGGGUAGCAACCUUCCCUAGUGAUUGUGUUUAUCUGCUAUGGUAUAUAUUGUGAUGUGCUCUGCAAGAUGAUGAAAAAUUAAUAUACACAAGUACAAUGUUAUAUAACAUUAGAGCUGCUGUGGAAGCUAUGACCUUACUUGGCUUUUUGCAAUAGUUAUUUGCUUUAUCAAAUUUCUGUAAAAACGGAAAAACUAUUUUACUGGUCAUUUUAAAACGGCCACCAAAACUAUACGGAGUUGCGCAUUUUGCGGAGUGGGAAAAGUAAUUCUUGCUACCCAGUGACGCGGUUGAGUUGUUUUCUAUGACAGCCAGUUGCGUCUUUAAAUGCAUCCUUAACUGCGAAGAUAUUCUUUGCAUUUAAUUCUUCAUUCCAACAUAUGAAAUUCAUAUACUUAUUAUUUGAUAAAAAUUCAGUUGUAAAUGUUGAAAGUUUCAAGCUGCCUUAUAAAAUCAUUUCUCUACGCAUUUCGGGGCUCAAAUUUUCUUUUCUUUAUAACAGAAGAUUUCAGCUCCCGAACUCAGUUCCAAUUUACUCUUAAAUCAUAAAAAGGUCAACUCAUAAUUAAUCAAUAAUUAACUUGAUAAAUUUUACAGUAUCGUGGAUCAAGGUGAACACCAUGCCGGUGUGUUUUGGAACACGAGAUGACAAAUACGGCAGCUUCACUAUCACUCAAGCUGGCGAAAUUUUGGUUUUGAAGUUUACUCAUCUCUUUGGCACACUCGUUUGCUUUAAUGGAAGUUCUCCCUCUUUUUGGGGUUGUCAAAGUGAACGUUAUGGUGACAAGACACUGAUGACAUAUAUUUCACACGCCAACGAACGAAGAGUUAUUCUACCAAGGAGAGCCGGAGUCGAAGUGGGAGGUCCAUGGCGAUCAGUGGGAAAAUGCAAGCACGAAAUGUAUACCUACAAGAUCAGCGGUGUCAAUGACACUUCGCCUGAAAUCAUAUUCGAUACGACCUCUGAACCAUUACGCGUGUCACACAAUCAGCAGUUCUGGAUCUGGUUUGGACAGGACAUUGCUGAUUGUAGCGAGGAAAAUAAUGAAGGCGAAAGCUGUGUUGACGUGUAUGGCUGGUAUAACUAG